UACCCUUGCAGGUGCCCUCACCCCUCAGGAAUAAUCUCUCUCUCUCUUUCUCUCUCUCUCUGCACAACUAAAACUAUAUAUCCCAAUCCAUGAUCCAGCCAUUCAUCAUCUGCAUAUAUAUAAUCGUCUUCGUCGUCAUGUAGCAAGCAGCAGAGUAAGAGCCAGAGAUCUGUACUGACUACUGCUACGGCAUCGAGAUCAGAUCAUUGGCAAUGGAUGGCCGCCAUCUUCUCCUCCUCCAUGUCCUCGCGCUUCUUCUUCUUGCGGUGGUGGUCGCCGCCGGCGGAGGCGCCGUCGUCGGCAGGGACAGCGCAGUGCUUCAGCUGCGCGAGCUGCAAUGGGGCUCGUCCGGCCAGGUCCGGUAUUCCCAAUCAAAGCGCUUUGAGAAGAAGAUGACAGGGGAACACAAGAAAGCAGCAGCAGCAGCAAGAACGAGGACUAGGAGCACCACCGUCCUAGAGCUGAAGCACCACUCCCUCACCGCCAUCCCCGACCACCCCGCCGCCCAAGAAACCUACCUCCGCCGCCUCCUCGCCGCCGACGAGGCGCGUGCCAACUCGUUGCAGCUCCGCAACAAGGCAGCGUUCACGCAGUCCGGCAAGAAGGCGACGGCGGCCGCCGCCGCCGCCGCUGGCGCCGAGGUCCCCCUGACCUCCGGCAUCCGCUUCCAGACGCUCAACUACGUCACCACCAUCGCUCUCGGCGGCGGCGGAUCCUCCCGCGCCGGCGCCGGCAACCUCACCGUCAUCGUCGACACCGGCAGCGACCUCACCUGGGUGCAGUGCAAGCCGUGCUCCGUCUGCUACGCGCAGCGCGACCCGCUGUUCGACCCGUCCGGCUCCGCCUCCUACGCCGCCGUCCCCUGCAAUGCCUCCGCCUGCGAAGCCUCCCUCAAGGCGGCCACCGGCGUGCCGGGAUCCUGCGCCACCGUCGGCGGCGGCGGCGGCGGCGGGAAGAGCGAGAGGUGCUACUACUCGCUGGCCUACGGCGACGGGUCGUUCAGCCGCGGCGUGCUCGCCACGGACACGGUCGCGCUCGGCGGCGCCAGCGUCGACGGCUUCGUGUUCGGCUGCGGGCUCAGCAACCGCGGCCUGUUCGGCGGCACGGCGGGGCUCAUGGGCCUCGGCCGGACGGAGCUCUCGCUGGUCUCCCAGACGGCGCCCCGGUUCGGCGGCGUCUUCUCCUACUGCCUCCCCGCCGCCACCUCCGGCGACGCCGCGGGCUCCCUCUCCCUCGGCGGCGACACCUCCUCCUACCGCAACGCCACGCCGGUGUCCUACACCCGCAUGAUCGCCGACCCGGCGCAGCCGCCGUUCUACUUCAUGAACGUGACCGGCGCGUCCGUCGGCGGCGCCGCGGUGGCCGCGGCGGGGCUCGGUGCCGCCAACGUCCUCCUCGACUCCGGCACGGUGAUCACGCGCCUCGCGCCGUCGGUGUACCGCGCCGUGCGCGCCGAGUUCGCGCGGCAGUUCGGGGCGGAGCGCUACCCGGCGGCGCCGCCCUUCUCGCUGCUCGACGCGUGCUACAACCUGACCGGGCACGACGAGGUGAAGGUGCCAUUGCUGACGCUGCGCCUCGAGGGCGGCGCCGACAUGACCGUCGACGCUGCCGGGAUGCUGUUCAUGGCGAGGAAGGAUGGGUCGCAGGUGUGCUUGGCCAUGGCGAGCCUCUCAUUCGAAGACCAGACGCCCAUUAUUGGCAACUACCAGCAGAAGAACAAGAGGGUAGUGUAUGACACUGUGGGCUCAAGGCUAGGCUUUGCUGAUGAGGAUUGUAGCUAUGCAUAAUUAGUACUAUUCCCUAACUAGAAUUUGAACUGCAAAUCAACUGUUGAGUAAAAAACAAGAAAAAACUUUGAAAUGGAGAUGAUGAGAAAAUGGUUUGUUUCUCUAGUCUGUUAGGCUUUGUAACGUAAACUCUUUUAUUUUUGGGAUGUUAGAAAAAAGUUGCACAGGUGCGGAACAAGCGGUCACCACAACUCUGCUAUGUACCAUAAUGUAACUCCAUGUCUACCUAUAACCAAUUAGGACUUACAUAUUCGACACAUAUUUUUAAUAUGAAAUGUGGUAAUUUUCUUGAUA